AGGUCAACAUACCACUUGUGUACUCAAAUUAGUACUCAUAUCGAACAAAGAUUGCACACCAAAAAUCGUCCAUUUUAUUGAAUCAUGUCAGCCCUCAGUAUCGAAAGACUUUUUGGAGUGAAGGGAUAUGUAGCUGUCGUCACUGGAGGCACCAGUGGGCUAGGUUUCAUGAUAAGUAAGGGAUUAGUUACAAACGGCGCAAAGGUAUAUGUCGUCGCAUUAUCUACCGAGCCGAUAGAAGAGAAGGUAGCGGAGCUCAACGAUCUUGGACGUACAACAGGUGGCUCGGCAUACGGGUUUUCCUGUGACGUCAGGAGUAAGGACCAGAUUGCGGAGCUAGCAGCAGCUAUCAGCAGUCGAGAAAGUCACCUUGAUGUGCUGAUUUCAAACGCUGGUAUAAGACGAGAUCCUCCAGUCCCCUGCGAUGUACUCACAGCCCCUUUGUCCGAACUGCAGACAUCCAUGUGGUCGUCAAAGCAUUCGGACUGGGCCGACACGUUUUGUGUGAACACUACCGCUCAUUAUUUCUUGUCCGUGGCGCUACUGCCACUGUUGUCCGCAGCCUCGAAGCUGGAUCUGGGAGACGGACGACUGGGGCGGGAGACUGGUCGUGGAGCUGUUGUGGUGACGAGCUCUUGCGCUAGUAUGCACAAUGCGACGAACGUGGACUUGACCAGCUAUGCGACAAGUAAAGCGGCAACGGACCAUCUGGUCAGGUUGCUGGCGGCGAAAUUCAGUCGAUUCUACGUUCGAGUCGUCGGGAUCAAUCCUGGAUUCGUUCCGAGCAACAUGAACCCGGUCGGUGAAGCCGGAAACAUGUUCAGCUCCCUAUUUGAUCGUGUGCCGGCGAAGCGGGCAGGGAACGAAGAUGACGUUGCAGGAGCCGUCAUCUAUCUCAUUAGUCGAGCUGGUGCAUACAUCGACGGCGUCUCUAUCUGUAUCGACGGAGGGCGUGUUCUUGUGGCCAAUGGACAAGAAUGAUCACCGGACUCCGACGGACCAUAGAUAGAGCAUGUCGACAUCAAUGAUGCUGGUAGCUCAGGUCUCCAAGAAGCAGGUGUCGGGUGGAUGCGACUCGAGAAGCAUAAGCACGCGUCUCUGCACAAUUGAACAAAGCUUUUAUGCACGCACAAAUCCCAGAUAAGCACAGCACCUUCCUUCUCCGUAGCUAGUACUACAUAUGUCCUCAAUUGACUGAGUACGUGAUAUUCUUC